CGAUUCACUUUGUAUCAGAAAGAUGUGUUUGCACGGAGAUUGAACGAUUUAAACAUAUCUUAAACAAAUGGCUUUUACAAUCCUUUAAAAUCGUACUCAAGCCUGGUGAAUAAGCCAAAGUUUUGCCGAGGAAAAGGGCUUUGAAAAGCGCCAAGAGGGAAGAAAAUCGGUUGUGAUCGAAGGAAGAUACGGGGUUGGAAAGUUAGUGAUUUUGGCGAUUAUUGACAAAGGACGAGAUAUCGAAAACACUAAGAAGAGAAAGGACUCAACACAGCAGGGUCGAAAAUAACGUCCAAGAAUCUAGACUGGAUUACUUUCUAAGCAUAAACUGUGCUAUAAGCUGUCUAUUGGAACUUUAAAACUCCUCAUCGUACGCUAUCGUUGGCAGAGAUUCAAUCUUAAACUUUUUAGUGCUUUGUUGUAGUUACUUGCAGUGUUUACAGGACUUAUUCUGCGAUCUAAUAUUUUGUUGUUGUAUUUUGCAUUACAACAACAGUUAGACUAUAUUCUACCUCUAUAAAGAAGAAUUCAUAUUUUCUUCAUAUUCUCUGGCAAGUUUUUAAAGACCGUCAGACCGCUUCACUGCCUCGAACAUAUGAAGAAUUGAUGAAAAAUCCUUUAAAUAUUACAUAUGCUGGAAGAAAGACAAUAAAUCGUCGUACUAGUACCAAACGUGAAUAGAAUACACGUUACUACAACUGUCUUCUUGCACGUAUUCUCACAAGAGGAAAGGAAUUAAAGAUCAAGAAGAAGGAAACUCAGAUCUGUGUGCGCAAAGCCGUGAAUGAAUUAAGAAUACAAGAACUGUUCUUAGCAUUCGAAUUAUUUUUUCUCCGGAUUAUUUCAUCGUGUUUUCAUUCAAGCCGUCUAUUCUGUUUUCACUGUUUCAUUAUGAAAGAAAUCGCAGUCAUCUCCACGAUUGCAACCAAGCAUUGCUUUUGCCAGAAAUCCAUGUACAAUUUUAAUUUCUGAUUUCGAACCUUUGUUGGAAUCAAUAUUAGCUACUGUGCUAUCCAAACUAGCUGUGUUUACAUAAGAGAACAUAGUCAAUUGAAAAUGCACUUCUUCAACUUUUCAAUGAUUUUUUAGAAUCGGGAACAAAGGAUACGAAUUUCAGAAUCAGACUGUGAUUUUUUACAAGUACCACUAUGUCGAUUUCAGGGGAACAUAUCGAUAGUUAUUCACUGAUAACUCUUUAAUCCUGUUAUUCGCAAACCAAAAUGGUCCAAACAGAGCUAAUAUCACAUUCAACUGGGGCCUUUUCUUCGUUUAAUCCAAAUCAAGGCACUAAUAUUUCUCAGUGCAGAAUUCAAAUCGACACUAAUGCACUACGCUGUUUGACGCAAACUCUAGCAGAUACUUAUAAACGUUGUGGAAUGAAUGUUAAUGAAGAUACCGUAGAAAGUACUGCAACAAAAAACGAAGUCAGCUCUCAUAGUAACAGCGAAGGAGAUUAUAAAGUUGUUCUUCACGAAGAGCUUUGUUCAGCAACGUCUUGUUAUGAAGUUCUAGAGUUUCUCGGUCGUGGGACGUUUGGACAAGUUCUGAAAUGUUGGAAAAAAGGAACUAAUGAACUAGUGGCCAUAAAGAUUCUUAAAGAUCAUCCAUCCUACGCCAGGCAAGGACAAAUUGAAAUUAGUAUAUUGGCGAAACUAAGCGCUGAAAAUUCAGAAGCUUUUAAUUUUGUUCGUGCGAUCGAGUGUUUUCAACAUAAAAACCACACUUGUUUGGUGUUUGAAAUGUUACAACAAAAUCUUUACGAUUAUUUAAAGCAAUCCAAGUUUAGUCCUCUUCAACUAAAAAACAUCCGACCUAUCGUACAACAAGUACUCGUUGCUCUAUCUAAGCUGAAGUCCUUGGGUUUAAUACACGCUGAUUUAAAACCUGAGAAUAUCAUGUUGGUGGAUCCCGACAAACAGCCUUAUAGAGUCAAAGUCAUUGAUUUUGGUUCUGCAACUCACGUCUCUAAGGCAGUUUGCUCUACAUAUCUUCAAAGUCGAUAUUACAGGGCUCCAGAAGUCAUCGUUGGACUGCCAUUUUCAGAGUCGAUAGACAUGUGGUCUUUGGGUUGUGUUAUAGCAGAACUGUUUCUUGGAUGGCCUCUUUAUCCUGGUUCCUCUGAAUAUGACCAGAUUCGUUACAUCUCUCAGACCCAGGGUAUGCCUGGUGAUUAUCUGCUAAAUAGUGCAAGCAAGUCAAACAGGUUUUUCAAGAAAUAUGUCAAUCAAAAUGGGUUGUUGGAAUGGAAACUUAAGAGUGGAGCUGAGUAUCAAAGAGAGAGCAAAAUUCCAUCCAAAGAAGCCAGGAAAUAUAUAUUCAACUGCCUGGACGAUAUCGCACAGGUUAACUUGUCCAGUGCAGUUACUGGAAAUGAAAGAAUGGCUGAAAAAAUUGACAGGUACAAUUUUGUAUCGUUGUUGAAGAGUAUGUUGACUAUCGACCAAGAGAAGAGAAUAACACCAGACGAAGCCUUAAAUCAUCCAUUUAUCACUCUUUCACACCUGGUGGAAUUUGCACACACCAACGUCUUCAAGAUGGCAGUCAAGAACAUGGAAGUAUGUUGUCGGAACCGAGGACUAGGUGAACCAGUAUCGUAUUCCACUCCUACCAUACUGGCCUACCCUCAUGCUACAAGCACGCCAUAUUUAUCAAUGAAUCUUGGAGGCCUCGAUAGCAUGAUGACACAGGAUCAAAUUGGUCUAGCGAGGCGGUCAGAUCGUUAUGUCGCGCGGGUCAACCUUGCAAUGCCUUCUUUACAACCAAUGCCUAAUGUUCAGCCUCGGCAGGAAUUUCUACCAGCCCACUGCACCCCUCAACGUGCCAUCCUCUGUCAAACUGAUAAUGUCUCACCCAAAAAGCAUGUUUUUGGUGGCCAGCAAGUCCAACAGCCUCUUCCAGUCGUUGUAUCGAUGGGUUUGCCUAAUAACAAUGUACAGUUACAACCUUCAGCGGCUCUGUAUGCCAAAGUGCCGAGUGCUCCAAUACCAACAUGGCCGACUAACAGAUUUGGCUCAGACCUAUCAUUGUCUAGUCUUCAUCAUCCUUGGACUGGAGCUCUUGGUGUUGGAGGAGUUCAGCCUAUUCUACAAGAUGUACUACAAGGAAUGGAUAACCCAAGUCGACCAAUGAAUCCACCUCCGUCUGGUGCUUGGCGUGGUUCUGAUGAUAACGGCUACAUAUCAGCUGAACCAAGCCCGGGAUUAUAUCGCAUGGAUGGAGACGGCAAUGCAUACGAUCGACGGCAUGACCAUCGACGAGGCCCAGGGCAAGAACCAUACAGACCAGCAGGAUCAGUAUUGUUCUCGGUAAUGCCAAUAUUGCAACAACACUCGACUGUCCCUCCCCCUGUCUGGAAUGGACCACGCAUACCAACAGGGUUGUUUCCAUGGCAACUACAGCAUUCUGUGAUGCAGGGCAGCCAUGGACAUCAUGGGCAUGUUGGUUCAUCAAGUCAUGCCGGGCUUCGAAGAACCCUGUCUACGCCCUGUAGGAACCGUGUAGGCGAGUACAGGAACUUUUUCACAGGAGAUACCCCUAGGGAGAGCAGUCCGAAUCUUUUUACUCAAGAUUCUCCAUGUUCAAUGGUUGUUACGAAGCAAACGUCAUCACCGAUUGAGAUCCCAGACAGUCCUUCAUCUCUGAGUGUUAUCACCAUUUCAAGCUCUAGUGACGAAAUGGAACCAAAUUCUUUGGAGACCAGCACUAACGAACCAGGUUUGGCUGGGAAGGAUGUAGAAGGAGAAUAUGAUGAGAACGGUGAUCACCACGAAGAUGAUAACCUUGAUGGGUUUGGUGAUGACGAGGAAGAUGAAGAAGAAGAUGAUGAUGAUGAUGAUGACUGUGUGGUGACGUCAUCCUUCUCAGUUGGAAGCGCAAGUCCUUUGAUGAAUGAUUUUUCAAGUAAUCAGCAUACGAGUUAUCAUGACAAUGGCAUAGUCGAGGAUGAUGUUGUCAGUUCAACGACAGAUAUUCCAGGAAUGGAUGGGUAUCACUCUGAUAAUGUUUGUUCCCAAGAAAAUAGUGAAAGAAACAUCAAUCAUCCAACGACACAACAAAUUGGCAAUGGAUGCCACUUGCAUUGCUCAGAUACGGAGAGCGCAGACGAGAAGGGUGAGGGACAGGAAAACAUUGGAGCAGUCGGCACUUCCCACACACUGCAUGAACAAUCUACAAAUAAUCAAUUACAUCGGCAAGCCAGCAAUCAUGCUGGCCAGCAGUCUCACUCAGGGAUGGAUGCAUGGACAGCCGUGAGAACUCGGCCCAGUUCUCUUGGUGUUUUUCCACAUUACUCGGCACAAGGUAUGCCGACCACAGGCCCUCCCUAUAUUUCAAGUGCGCUACAGUAUGCACCCUCGCAGGCUAUAUUAGUUGGACGUGAGCAGCGAUGCUGCGUUAAUGAUGUCUACCAAGAACCAGUGUUUUUGCUUCCUCCAGCACAUUCACAAGUUGUGCAACAGCCGCUGUACACUGGAGUCACAGGUGCUCGAAUGUCGGUUGGACCCCAAGGGAUGCCUUACACUUAUGUCACGUCCAAUACCACCAAUCCUGGCACAUUUCUAACGCCGCUGUCCCAGGCAACGCCAUUGUUGUCACAUGGUCAAGCCCCUGUGCAAACAGGUUUAUCAUUGAACGGUCAGUCUUAUCAAGGUCCUAUACCAUAUACAAACCAGUAUCAGACUCCUGUCCUCGGCGGGUUUAAGACUUAUAAUAUGGUGUCUAAUGGGGCAUGUACACCUUAUGGUCCCUUUGUUGUCAACACUAGCCCUUCUAAGGCGCGUAUGUUUUUUCCAUAAGGGUAGCACUCAUGCUGAUCAUUGUCUCACUAUAUCUUCAAUGCCUGUAGUCCAUCUGACGAUUCCAUCAUGGAAGAAUGUUUCGUACAGUCAGUUAAAAAGUGUUUAUUGCUAGCUUAUACAAUAUGCAAAGUUUUUGUCUUUUUAGUCUGGGGUGAAGCUAUACCUCAUGCAUAUCCUGCAUAAUAUUGCAUCUUAAUAUAUAUUGUAAUACAAGAUGCUGUAUCUAGUCGCAAAGACAAUAGCUACAGUAUUCCAUGUUGAGAUAUCCAAUGAUAAUACUAGAUAUCCCAAAUAUGGGAACUUAAGCUGUUGCCUAAGUUACAAUACCCAAUGAUGCAUGUUGUAGAGAUAUCCCAUAAUAUUACUGUGAUAUCCCAUAAUAUUACUGUGAUAUCCCAUAAUAUUACUGUGAUAUCCCAUAAUAUGUCAUCUUAAGUUAUCCCGUAUGUUACGAUAUCCAUUGAUGCAUGUUGUAGAGAUAUCCCAUAAUAUUACUGUGAUAUCCCAUAAUAUUACUGUGAUUGUUUUAGAGAUAUUCAAUAAUUAAGGUAUCCCAGAAUAUAUCAUGAGGAUACCCCAUAAUUUCUCUAAAGUGAGAAAGUUUUGAUGACUUUUUAGACUAACAUAUCCUUUUAACAAUUUUAGGAGUAGGUAAUUUUCAUAYUGUAGUUUAAUGUACCAGCAUGGUUGCCAUGGUACCUUAGCUUGACUCGUAWUUAUACAUAUUGAUAGUCAGGUAGCUAUAGAUGCUUCACACUUAUUGAAAAGAAAUUAGAAUUUGCAAAAUACCGUUUUGCAAGGAUGGAAUGUU